CUCAGUCAGGCGUUGUCAGGACCCAAAUGAGACAGUGAAGGUGUGCUGAGCAACAGUGAAACUCUUUCAAACAAUAAACAGCAUCUUCACGAGUUUAUGUAAUAAUGAUCAAGUUGUUAGUAAAAGGCAAAUUAUUGUGAGAUAUUAUCGACGGGAUUCACGUAACAUGGCUACUACUGAGAAUGCAGAAUUGGGUUCCCCUGACAUUAAAGUGGAUCGGUCCAACCCAGAUGCAAAGUAUCCACUGAAGGUGCUUUACUGUGGAGUGUGCUCCCUGCCAGUGGAGUAUUGUGAGUACAUGCCUGAGCCAGCCAAAUGCAAACAGUGGCUUGAGAAAAACUUUCCCGCAGUGUUUGCUAAACUGACCCUUGGUACAGCACCCAGGCAGGAAACAGGAGGAGGAGGAGGAGGAGUAGGAGGUGGUGCCAGUGAGGUGCCUCAUGUCGGAGAGGAAGAGGAGAAAAAGAAGCAGAAAAGAGGAGGAAGAGGUCAAAUCAAACAGAAAAAGAAGACCGUUCCUCAAAAAGUCACGAUAGCAAAAAUCCCAAGAGCUAAAAAGAAAUACGUUACAAGGGUGUGUGGUCUGAACACUUUCGACAUCGAACUUAAAGAGGCUCAGAGGUUCUUUGCUCAGAAAUUCUCCUGCGGUGCCUCAGUUACAGCAGACGAUGAAAUCAUCAUUCAGGGAGACUUUACAGACGACAUCAUCGAUGUCAUUCAGGAGAAGUGGCCUGAGGUGGAUGACGACAGCAUUGAUGAUCUUGGAGAGGUCAAAAAGUGAAGCCCAAUAUGCACUUUUACUGAAAUGGAUGCGACGUGACACAGCGAAACCGGCCAAAUGUACACAUUGACAUAAAGCCCUUUUAUAUCUAUUUUAUUUACUGUAUAGAAUUUCCGUGGACUUCAUUGGGGUAUUUCAGUUCUAGAUAGCCGCUUUGUCUUUUGGUUGCCAAAGGUCUAAGAUGAUGUGACUUAAAACAUUUCACACAUGCAAACAAUAGACUAAUAAAUUUCAGUCUCACUCGC